AGGGAGAGUUGAGAACAAAUGCUAGCAUCAGUGGCACAGGCAGAAUGAGAGAGAGCAGGGAGAGGAAUUAUGUGGAGGAGGACUUUAUUAAAAAGUGAGAGAGAGCAGCUGAAAGAGGAGGGCAGAGAGAGAGAGAGAUGCUGUUGCCACAGAAGAGUGUGGAUAAAGAAUCAUCCAUCUUUAACAGCUUGUGAGGGAUAAACGUAUAUGAAAACCUAGGGACGUAGGCACGAAUAAAUGCUCAUAGAAGACAAAACCAACCAGAUCAUACUACCACAGGCUGUGGAUUAUAACUCCAGUCGAUCAGAUUCACACAGACAAAAGACGAAGAAGAGAGAGAGAGAGAAGAAGAAUAUGUGGGAAUCAGGCAGGUGAGAUGACAUUUUCACACAGCGUCCACAGCCAUGAUGUCAUCACAGCGAGAUUAGACAGCCUGCCUGGGCGUUACAGCUGAGGACGGUGUGUGUGUGUGUUCUAGCGUAUGUGAACUCUGAAGAAGAUGAAGAGGAGAUCCAGCUAUGAAUGAAGGGCCACAGAUGGAUCAUCACAACACAACCUGGGUUACAUGGAGAGUAAUGUUUAUUCCCACCACAACUGGACAAGAUGAGAAACUGUUGUUUUAGGAGUAGGGAGCUCUGAUGAACAGAACAGAACAGAGGUGUAUGUUUCUACCAUAUACUGUAGUUCUUACCCACCCACUCUCACCAGGGAGCACCACAUCUGGUCCACGGGGAGCCAUUCUCUGGCUGCAGCAGUCCCAAACUGGAGCUGAGGUGAACAGUGUUGGAGCGGUGUCACCCAGGGCUGGAGCCUGGACCAGAGCCCCUGGUUGGCACACAUAGCAUGCUACACCUGACCUCACCUGGUCUCAUCGCCUAGCAUUAACUGUGGAUUGUCCUGGGCUUCCCUGACUACAGGGAGGAGGAAGAGGAAGUCACUGCCUUACAGAAGAAGAACAACAGAGACAUUCAGAGUCAGCUACAGGAGACAGAGAACUUCCUGUUGAAUUGACCCUAGGGCCCAGGCUGGUCCUGCUCCCUGAUUGGAGGAUGGGAACGGCAGAGGUCAUGUCAGAGGUCACGGCACGCAUGGACAGCAUGGAGGUCAAGGAUGAGUGGCAGGACGAAGACUUCCCCAGGCCUCUACCAGAAGAUGGAGACAUGGAGGACAGGGGGCUCACUGACAACACGACAACUCCCCCUAACACCCUGAACGUUGGAGUUUGGGGUGAGUCGUCGGCCCUGCGUAAGCGCCGUACGCUGGUAGCUCCGGACAUGAACAUGUCAUUGGACCAGAGCGAGGGUUCCGUCCUGUCAGAUGACUUCUUAGGUAACCCUGACGACCUGGAUGUCAACGUGGACGACAUGGACACGCCCGACGACAACGACUCCUUGGAGUUUAUCACCAACGGCAACGACCUGGAGUGGGAAGACGACACUCCUAUAGUGAGUUCCAAGGGUCUGCCUGGAGGCCAGACAGAGGAGGAGGAGGAGGCAGGCAGACUGUGGAGGACAGUGAUCAUAGGAGACCAGGAACAGAGGAUAGACAUGGCUGUCAUCAGACCAUACCUGAGGGUGGUCACACAUGGAGGUUACUACGGUGAGGGUCUGAAUGCCAUCAUAGUGUUUGCGGCGUGUUACCUGCCAGAGAGCAGCUGUGAGGACUACACUUACAUCAUGGAGAACCUCUUCCUCUAUGUGAUCAGUAGCCUGGAGUUGUUAGUGGCUGAGGACUACAUGAUUAUCUAUCUGAACGGAGCUACGCCUCGCAGGAGGAUGCCUGGUAUCAGCUGGCUAAAGAGGUGCUACCACACCAUCAACAGGAGGUUGAAGAAGAAUCUGAAGUGGCUGGUCAUUGCUCACCCAUCCUGGUUCAUCCGUACAAUCCUGGCCAUCUCCAGACCCUUCAUCAGUGUGAAGUUCCUGGAUAAGAUCCGCUAUGUUCACACAUUGGAUGAGUUGAGCCAGCUGAUUCCUAUGGACCACAUACAGAUCCCAGAAUGUGUCCUGCAAUAUGAUGACCAGAAGAUGAUAGCACAAAAAGAAAGUCCAUAGGCAGGAGAUGGAGCAUACCAAGUCUGCACCCCCCACGGAAAGGUAAAACAAGAAUCCACAACCCUGCUGAGGAUUCAUGAGGAUAAUGUCUAUCAAUAUAGGGUAAAAGACUUCUUGGCUGAAGAUAAAGGACUGAUGGAAAAAUGAUGAGGACUGGUGUGUGGGUGAAGAGGGCUCCUGACAUUACAUCAACAUCAUCCUACCUUGUCUUACUUUCCACACAGCAGAUACCCUGGUCUGUCUGUCCCAUGGAAUAAACCUACCCUGGCAGAUAGCCUGACCUCUUUCCGAUUGGAAUAAACCUACCCUGGCACAUACCCUGACCUCUUUCCGAUUGGAAUAAACCUACCCUGGCACAUAGCCUGACCUCUUUCCGAUUGGAAUAAACCUACCCUGGCACAUAGCCUGACCUCUGUCCCAUAGAAUAAACCUACCCUGGCACAUAGCCAGACCUCUUUCUGAUUGGAAUAAACCUACCCUGGCACAUAGCCUGACCUCUGUCCCAUGGAAUAAACCUACCCUGGCACAUAGCCUGAACUCUUUCCGAUUGGAAUAAACCUACCCUGGCACAUAGCCUGACCUCUGUCCCAUAGAAUAAACCUACCCUGGCACAUAGCCAGACCUCUUUCUGAUUGGAAUAAACCUACCCUGGCACAUAGCCUGACCUCUGUCCCAUGGAAUAAACCUACCCUGGCACAUAGCCUGACCUCUGUCCCAUGGAAUAAACCUACCCUGGCACAUAGCCUGACCUCUGUCCAAUGGAAUAAACCUACCCUGACCUCUGUCCCAUGGGAUAAACCUACCCUGGCACAUAGCCUGACCUCUGUCCCAUAGAAUAAACCUACCCUGGCACAUAGCCUGACCUCUGUCCCAUGGAAUAAACCUACCCUGGCACAUAGCCUGACCUCUGUCCCAUGGAAUAAACCUACCCUGGCACAUAGCCUGACCUCUGUCCCAUGGAAUAAACCUACCCUGGCAGAUAGCCUGACCUCUGUCCCAUGGAAUAAACCUACCCUGGCACAUAGCCUGACCUCUGUCCCAUGGAAUAAACCUACCCUGGCACAUAGCCAGACCUCUUUCUGAUUGGAAUAAACCUACCCUGGCACAUAUCCUGACCUCUGUCCCAUGGAAUAAACCUACCCUGGCACAUAGCCUGACCUCUGUCCCAUGGAAUAAACCUACCCUGGCACAUAGCCUGACCUCUGUCCAAUGGAAUAAACCUACCCUGACCUCUGUCCCAUGGGAUAAACCUACCCUGGCACAUAGCCUGACCUCUGUCCCAUAGAAUAAACCUACCCUGGCACAUAGCCUGACCUCUGUCCCAUGGAAUAAACCUACCCUGGCACAUAGCCUGACCUCUGUCCCAUGGAAUAAACCUACCCUGGCACAUAGCCUGACCUCUGUCCCAUGGAAUAAACCUACCCUGGCACAUAGCCUGACCUCUGUCCCAUGGAAUAAACCUACCCUGGCAGAUAGCCUGACCUCUGUCCCAUGGAAUAAACCUACCCUGGCACAUAGCCUGACCUCUGUCCCAUGGAAUAAACCUACCCUGGCAGAUAGCCUGACCUCUGUCCCAUGGAAUAAACCUACCCUGGCACAUAGCCUGACCUCUGUCCCAUGGAAUAAACCUACCCUGGCACAUAGCCUGACCUCUGUCCCAUGGAAUAAACCUACCCUGGCACAUAGCCUGACCUCUGUCCCAUGGAAUAAACCUACCCUGGCACAUAGCCUGACCUCUGUCCCAUGGAAUAAACAUACCCUGGCACAUAGCCUGACCUCUGUCCCAUGGAAUAAACCUACCCCGGCAGAUAGCCUGACCUCUGUCCCAUGGAAUAAACCUACCCUGGCACAUAGCCUGACCUCUGUCCCAUGUAAUAAACCUACCCCGGCAGAUAGCCUCGCUUCCACUUACCAUUUCUCCUUGCAUGAAUAAAUCAGCUGUGAUCUAGCCUGCUGCAUGAUGAACAUGCAUUGGGCUAAUGCAAGAUGGCUGGAUGAACUCUGUUAAAUGUGUUUAUUUCCUUCGAAGGGACAAGAACAGCCUUUGGUUGGUACAAGCCAGAUGUACAUAGUUGUAAUAACAUUGUAAUAAUGUAAUGUAUUAACAUUGCUGUAAUACAAGUAUGAAGGUAUAUGUGUGCAACAAGCAAUAAUGUUUGAUAUACGUGUUUUGGUUAUCUCUUUUUUCUUCAAUGUAUAAAUGCUAUUGUUUUUACAUAAUGUGCAAUAUAAGCAGUUCCUCUUCUGAACUGACCAAAUUAAUUCAGAGGUUGUUACUACUGUAACGAAUGAAAUAUGUUUAAGUUUUCUCUAUUGCUCCUUUGUGUGUUGUUGUGUUUUCUGAAGGUUACUAGACAGAUGGCAUGCUGGUUAAAAAUGUCUUCCUCGUCAUCUGGGAUAUUAAAAAAAAAAAAUUGCCUCGGUAAAAAACUAUCCUGGGUACCAGUCUGUUUCUGUUAUCAUUUCACGCCUCGCCACUUCUUACCAUGCCAUGUUUGGAGUGGCAAGGAAUGGAAUGAUAGUACAGACUGGUACACAGGACAGAUCAAAACAUUACUGAUGAUCUUAGUUUCCUGGUUUAUUGAUGAUCUGUCUCAAUUCCUCUAUUUCCAUGUAGAGAUCUUACUUUACAUUGAUCUAUUGUUACACCUAUGAUGCAAUGCAUUUAAAUAACCUAAUUAACUGUUUAAAUUAUGUGAACUUAUAUAUAUACAGUGCCUUGCGAAAGUAUUCGGCCCCCUUGAACUUUGCGACCUUUUGCCAUAUUUCA